GAGCUAGCUGCCAGCAAGGGCUCUCCCCUUUCUGACUCUAGACACGGCCUUGCUUGUCUGGAGACGGGCUCUGGCCAGGACCUGGCAGUGGAAAGCCAUGGAGCCAUACAGCCUUGGGGAAGAGGGAUCCCUUCCAUCAGAAGGGCACGUGGCCUCCUUCUCUGAGAGUCAGGGGCUCAACUGCAGUGACACAGUCAACCGGGACCUGGGCCCUAGCACACGGGACCUGCUCUAUGCUGGCUUAAGCAGUUUGGAUCUUGACCCCAGUCUCUCCACAUCAGACAUGCCCAGUGAGGUGCUGGAGGACAAUCUGGACACCCUGUCUCUGUACUCAGGGAAGGACAGCGACUCUGUGAAGCUGCUGGAAGAGUAUGCAGACUCUGAAUCUCAGACCUCCUUACAAGACCUAGGGCUGGGCGCACUCAAGGUGACUAAAGAGUCUGAUGAAGGAGGCAGGGCCACUGGGAGUACAAGGAAAGGCAAGCGGCAGCACAGUUCCCCUCAGAACCCACUUCUGGAUUGCAGCUUAUGCGGGAAAGUGUUCAGCAGUGCCAGUUCCCUGAGCAAGCAUUACCUGACGCACAGCCAGGAGAGGAAACACGUGUGCAAAGUCUGCAGCAAGGCCUUCAAGCGCCAGGACCACCUGACUGGGCACAUGCUUACCCACCAGAAGACCAAGCCCUUUGUGUGCAUCGAGCAGGGCUGCAGCAAGAGCUACUGUGACUACCGCUCGCUGCGCCGCCACUACGAGGUUCAGCAUGGAGUAUGCAUCCUGAAGGAGGCUCCACCAGAAGAGGAGGCCUAUGGGGACCCUACCCACAACCAUGAUGUGGCCAGCCAGCCUCCACCCAGUGGCCUCAGGUCCCUGGGGCCCCCAGAAGCUAGAUCCCCUGGCUCUGUCUUGCCCAACCGAGACCUCCUUCGCUGUAUCGUAAGCAGCAUUGUCCACCAGAAGAUUCCCUCGCCUGGCCCAGCAGUGGGGCCUGCUGAUACUGAAGCAAGGGGCUCAGCCUGUGCCUGCCCCACCUCACUGGGAUCAUCAUCAUGUACACCGGCCAACACCCCGGUGGCUCCAGGAACCCUGGGCUCUGAGGUUCCUGAGGAAACUCAUAUGCAACGGAAGGAACCUGCCACUGAAGUGUUCACAGCUGUCCAGACAAGGGCAGCUGAGACUAGUGCCCCUGACCCACCAGAGUCAGAGUUGGAGUCAGAGUCUCCACGACUUCAAAGGCCGUCCUCUCUGGAGGGCUGGCCAGAAGGUAGCUCGCUGCCUGCCUGCCUGCCUCUUUUUCGAGGCCACUCAGUCCCCUCAGGUUCCCAGCCUUCCAGCCACAACUUCCAAUGGCUCAGGAACCUGCCUGGCUGUCCCAAGAACAAGGGCAGCAAUGUGUUUAUGGUCCACAAGCCCCCUGCAGUGUCAUCCCGAGAGGGCUCUGAGGGGACCUCUGGGCCCAGCAGCACCCCCACCACAGUAGAGCCUUCACCUAGCCUGGGCACCAGUCAGGAGGACCUGCUUCCAUUUCCUCCUGCCAUCCUGAAGGCACCUGGUGAGGCCUCCAGUGAAGUCCGGCAGGCAGCUGGGGAAGAUGACAGCUGGGCUCCCAAGAAGAGCAAACCGGACUGUGAGUCAUUCCCAUGGCAGAGCCCCACUGAGCUUGGGCUCCAAGAUGCACAGAACCCAGGUGGACUCCCCUCAGAUGCCACACCUCUCUUCCGGCAGCUGUUCAUGAAGUCACAGGAAUCUCUAGUAAGCCACGAGCAGAUGCAGGUGCUUCAGAUGAUUGCCAAGUCCCAGCGGAUCUUCUCCCACACCCAGGUGGCUACAGCCUCAGCCCAGAGACCAGGGCCAGAGGGCAAGCAGUCAGCCCUGAAGCCAUUGCAGGGGCCAUGGCCACCACAGGCCCUGCCACCAGUAUCCACUGUAGAGUCUUUCCAGAUAGGCCCUGGACACUCGGAGCCAGAGGGAUCCCCAGUCCGCAGGAGAAAAACCUUGCCUGCAGUGUCCAGAGAAACAUCUCCUGGUGGCCCAAGGCGAGACACAAAAGGAGGCCCCAAAGUAGCCUCUGCACCACCAUCCCUCACAGGGCCACCCCGGAAUCCAGACAACUCUUCAUUGGCCAAAGGGACCUUGGACCUGGGGGACAUUAUCCCCAGUGCAGGCUCACGGCAGACCCAGUUAGGUGGAGAUGAGCCAGCUGGAGCCCAGCUGGUUGGGAAACAGGGGCAAGUCGAGAAUGGCCUGGCUUCAGGGACUAUGAGAGGUGAGAAGGGCCCAGCCUGCCCUCGAGGUGGAGGCUACAGGCUCUUCUCAGGCCACCCCAGAGCCCAGAGGUUCUCAGGUUUUCGGAAGGAGAAAGUGAAGAUGGAUGUGUGUUGUGCAGCUUCUCCCAGCCAGGUGGCCAUGGCGUCCUUCUCAUCGGCUGGGACUCUGGCAGAUCCCCCCAGGGACAUGAAGUCCAAGCUGACAAUCUUUAACAGAAUCCAGGGUGGAAACAUCUACAGGCUCCCCCAUCCAGUGAAAGAAGAGAGCUUGGCAGGUGGAUGCCAUCCGCCAAAUGGGGGUCCCACAGACUGGAUGGAGUCAAAGAGUACUUUCGUGUGCAAGAAUUGCAGCCAGAUGUUUUACACUGAGAAAGGACUGAGCAGCCACAUGUGUUUCCACAGUGACCAGUGGCCGUCGCCUCGGGGGAAGCAGGAGCAGCAGGGACAAGAGAAAGAUGGGGAAGAGAGAGACAGCAAGGAGAGCAGCCAGUACAGAAAGCGGAAGAAGCGGCCCCAGCCCAAAGCCCUGUUUGCCCCUCCUGCACCCUCUGCCCUUGGGGAGUCAGGCCCAGGAGGGUGCCACCAGAGCUGCCUGCGCUCUCCUGUAUUCCUGGUGGACCACCUCCUGAAGGGCUUGUUUCAGUGCUCUCCCUACACACCACCGCCCAUGCUUAGCCCCAUUCGUGAGGGCUCAGGCUUGUACUUCAACACCCUCUGCUCCACAUCCCGGUCUGGGCCGCACCUCAUCAGUCCUGUGCUUGACCAAGUGGACGGCUCCUUUGGCAUCUGUGUGGUGAAGGAUGACACUAAAAUCAGCAUCGAACCACACAUCAACGUAGGAAGUAGAUUUCAGGCGGAGAUACCAGAACUGCGGGAGAGGCCACUGGCCAGAGUGGAUGAGAAUGCAGCUUCUCUGGUUUGGAAGCCAUGGGGAGAUGUGAUGACCAACCCAGAGACCCAGGACAGAGUGAUGGAGCUCUGCAAUGUGGCAUGCUCCAGUGUGAUGCCAGGAGGGGGCACCAACCUGGAGCUUGCCCUCCACUGCCUGCAUGAUGCCCAGGGAAGUGUUCAGGUUGCCCUGGAGACUCUGUUGCUCAGAGGGCCCCAGAAGCCCCGGACUCACCCGCUGGCUGACUAUCGCUACACAGGUUCAGACAUCUGGACCCCCAUGGAGAAGAGGCUCUUCAAGAAGGCAUUCUGUGCCCACAAGAAGGACUUUUACUUGAUACACAAGACGAUCCAGACUAAGAGUGUAGCACAGUGCGUUGAGUACUACUACAUCUGGAAAAAGAUGGUUAAGUUUGACUGUGGCCGAGCUCCUGGGUUGGAGAAGAGGGGCAGGAGAGAGCUGGAUGAGGUAGAAAGGACUGAAGACAAGGUCACUUGCAGCCCUCGGGAGAGACCCACCCACCGUCCAACUCCUGAGUUAAAGAUAAAGACCAAGAGUUACAGGAGGGAGUCUAUCCUUCACUCCAGCCCAAGUGCAGCCCCGAAGCGCACCCCUGAGCCUCCAGGGAGUGUUGAGAGCCAGGGAGUGUUUCCUUGCAGAGAGUGUGAAAGGGUGUUUGACAAGAUCAAGAGUCGAAAUGCCCACAUGAAGCGCCACCGCCUCCAGGAGCACGUGGAGCCCGUCAGGGUGAAGUGGCCUGUGAAGCCCUACCCACUGAAGGAGGAAGAGGAGGAGGAAGAGGAGGAGCUGGGGGCUGACAUGGGCCCUCUGCAGUGGUGACUCCUUGCUGGACGCUGCUCUGCAAGGAGAGGGGAUCCAGCGUCUGGGCCAGUGCCCUGGGCCUCUCAGGAGUAUUUGGGGCACUCUUAUCAUCUCUGUCCUCUCACUGUCCAGCUUUGCUAGCAAGUUUGCCUGGCAUUUGGACAUGAACCGACAGAAGCUGUCAAGGUAGCUCUCAAGCCAUGUGGGUGACCAGAGGCUUCAUUCCCUCCUGGUUAAUAGUUGCUUACUUGCAGUCCCAGUCACUUGGAGCAGGGGAUCCUGAGAGGCAGGUUUGGUCUAGGUGGAAUUUAGAUCUUAGUGUAGGCACAGGACUGGCUUUAUUAGAAUCAGUAAGGACACCUGAAAUCCAGUGAGCUGGGCCCUUGGGGCAGGGCCUCCCUGCAUUCCCACCAUCCCUACUCUUGCAAUGACUGUAUAUUGUUAGGUGUGUUUUUUACGUGUCUGCUUGUAUCUUAUUAAAUUGGGUUCUUAAAGAGCUGUC